UCUGCCUACAAGGAUAACAAAAAAAAUUAUAAUAAUUAUAUUAAAUACUAUAAGAAUGAAUUUUUUUAGAAAAUACAACUGAAUUGUUUCAGACUUUCGUAAAAUUGUCUUGUUGUAAAUAUUCGAGUAUCUAGACGUCGCGUUGAAUAGCUGUAGUUGAGUAGUGCUAGUGUAUAGACAUUUGCUAUUACUGACAUAUGUAGUUAUAUUUGAACAAAACUGCGAAUCUAAAGCAGCAUUUGGCAUAACCGAUUUUACGUCUUGCUUUUAGUUGUUUUUCCAAAAGAUUUUCAGCAUUAUUUACUGAAUUAUUGAGGAGUUUGUACGUAUAGUGCAGUGCUAAUAAUGGUUGUGAAAGAAAAUAUCGAUUUAGAACACGUUUUAUCGAAAUUUAGUUUGAAGAGAAUGUUUUACGUGAAGUUUUUGAGUUUGUUGUUAUUUUCCGGUGUGACGAAUUCAUUUUACAAUGUCAACUAUGUUUUUGCAGCCGCUGAUGUUCGUUAUAGGUGCAAGUACCCGGAGUGUGAUAAUAAGAAUAGUGAAGUCUUAAAUUUUACCUUCGACAAUGGAAAAUGCACAAAAUAUGCACUAUUAAAUAAAGCUGAAUACUGUUCAGUAGAAAAUAUAGAUCUUUCUCGAGGGACUAGCUGCAAAGAAUGGGUUUACGAGGAAAAAGGCAGUUUUGUUGAAGAGUUAGGAACAGCCUGCGAAGAUUGGAAGCGGACUUUGGUUGGAACAGUGCACAGCUUCGGGUAUAUGAUCGGUCUGCUCAUCGUGGGGCCAUUGGCCGAUAAGUUAGGCAGAAAAAAGUUGAUAAUUUUUUCUGGAAUAACCGCUGCGACGAUGGGCUUGGGUAGGAGCAUCACAUCUUCCUACUGGGUGUAUGUGGUACUAGAGCUCAUAGAAGCAUUGUUUGGGGACACUUAUUCAGCAACAUUUAUGCUGGGUGUAGAAAUGGUAACAAAAGAGAAUAGAGUUAUAUUUAUCACUCUCAUGACUGCUAGCACGGCACUAGCCGGUAUAGUAAUGGCAUUAAUAGCAUGGGCCCUACCUUACUGGCGGCAUUUCCUUAGAGCGAUAUACGGUCCUUCUUUAUUCUUUAUCAUGUACAUAUUUCUAUUAGACGAAAGCGUUAGAUGGUUACUAAUCAAAGGACAGAAAGAGAAAGGGAAGGAGAUUCUAAAAAAGGCUGCCGAAGAAAGCAGGGUUGAGCUGAACGCUGACAAUAUUAGCAUUAAAUGUGAGGAUGGAUCAACUAAAACUGAUAUGGUGACACUGUUGAAAAUUACUUUUCGCUCUAAUAAAUUGGUGCUAAGAUUCCUGGCGUGUGUUUGUAUGUGGAUAACGGGCAUAUUCAAUAAAUACACGUUGUUGAUAAAUUCAGUUGAAUUAGAAGGGAAUAAGUACGUUAAUUUUGGUCUGACCACGUUCUCCGAGUUGCCGGCCAGUUUCGUGUUGGGUUUUGUUUUGAAGAAAUACAAGAGGAAGAUGCCUUUAAUAUUUUCAUUUAUUCUGACUGGGAUAUUUUGUGUUGGACAGUCUUUUGUACCAAAAGGUAACGCCUGGCUUUCAUUAGCAUUAUUUCUGAUCGGGAAGUUUAUGGCAACGAUAUCAUACGCUACGGUGUAUCUUUAUACGUCGGAGCUCUUCCCUACGUACACAAGGAACACAAUGCACGCAUUAUGUUCGUCUUUAGGAAGGAUAGCAUCGAUUCUUGCUCCUCAAACGCCUCUAUUGAUACAUCACUGGCCAGGUUUUCCUUCAGUUAUCGUUGGUGGGCUGUCUCUAGUGACUGGUACGGUCGUGAUCUUUAUGCCGGAGACUUCGGAGGAUGUUCUACCAGACACCGUCCGUGAAGCCGAAGCAAUCGGUACCAAAUUUGGCCCGGACACGUGUACCAGAUUAUGAAUAUUGAAAAGAUUCGUGAAUUAAAUAAUACUAUGUACUUGAAUAUCAAAACAUUAUUCGUGAUAUCUUCAAUUCUGAAUUUGACUAUUCCCAAUAAAUUAUCAGAGUGAAGUGUCGGAAGCGGCCAAUAUCAUACAUGUUGCGUUGAGUUUUCUUAGGGCAUUUUAAGUUUUUUUGCUUUUUUUAUUGCCACAUAUAGACCGAGCAGCAUAUGGUCCAAUUCGUCCGAGGGUGAUUUGUCACUGCCGCCCAUGGACAUCACCAAUGCCAGGGGCACAGCCAAGACGCUGCCUACAGCUAAGUACUCUCCGCAAGCUUUGUUGAAAGAAGAAAGAGCCACUUUGUUCAGCUUAUUUGUAAAAUCGUGUAUGAAUGUUCAUGUUAGUGGGUUCAUACAAAAUAAUUGUUUGUUUGACAUACUUUGAACUAUAUGGUAUUCAUAUUUGUAUAUAUCCGAUAUAAAGUGUUCAGCUAUAAAUAUAAUUUUAAUUCUAUUACAAGGUGCGAUGAAAAAAUAAACCAAUACCUUCAUACACAA